GGGCGUGUCUUCAGUCGGCGCGCGGCCUUGGCCGAGUCUGGGAGACGGCAGCUGGGACCGCGACGCUACUCCCGGCCCGGAGAGUGGCGCCCCCUAUUCCCCCGCCCCUCCAGCGCUGCCGGGUCCGGGUCAGGCCCCGCCUCCUCCUUCCGGCUCGCCCCACUUCUCCGAACGGCGCCCUCCCUGGAGCUUCCCGGUCCCCGCGGCCUGGGGGUUCCUGAGUGAAAUGUAUGCUCAGUGUUAACUGAUACAUCUUGGAUAGAUAUCCUAGCUGCUAAUGGUCAGAAAGUUAAGAAAUCAUGAGUAAAAUACCUCAAAUCCACAUUUUCUUUGGAGCACCAAUUAUUCCAUCAAAUACUACAGUAUCCCAAGAACAAACUUGUUCAGCAGCCAAUGCCGAUCCAUGGAAGAGAACUCAGCUUUUAUAUGAUCACCAUUCCUUAACUGUUAGUGCUGAAGCAUGCAGGUAUGGUCAUCUUGAAGGCCACCAUGCAAGUAUUCCAGUUCCUCUUAAAGAACAUAUCAUGGUGAACUCUGAUAAGGCUAUAUCUUGGAAUGGCGAAGACUGUUUAACAUGUGUUCCUGAAACACAGUGUAUAGAAUCCCAGAAUAGUGAUUCUUCAAGGACAAUUGAGGAAACGCAGUGUAUAGAAUCCCAGAAUAGUGAUUCUUCAAGGACAAUUGAUGAAACACAGUGUAUAGAAUCCCAGAAUAGUGAUUCUUCAAGGACAAUUGAUGAAACACAGUGUAUAGAAUCCCAGAAUAGUGAUUCUUCAAGGAUGAUUGAUAUAGCCUGCUAUAAUGAGCAAAUACCAAAAUUUGAGAGCAAAGUUCAACAGCAUUUAAAUGAAAGAACAUGUUAUUAUCCUGUGAAUGAAAAUAAUGAACUCACAGACCAGCAGGAGAAAUUUGAAUCAAAUUCCUGUUUCCAAAGUCUCUUAAGAAAAAAUUCCCAACCAAUAAAUCAGGACUGUUCCAGUAUCUGGGAUUUGGUCUACAGUACUAAGCAGAUUAAUAUAGAGUCAGAAGCUACAGGAAAUGAUCAUAUACCAUCAAAAAAUCAUGAGACAGUAAGCCAUUAUCCGGAAUUCUUUUCUCCCCAAAUAACAGAAGAGCCAGAGUCUAAAGGAGUAAUAAGGGAGAUGUCGAGCUUCAGUACAUCAACAGACAUUGAAUUUCUUAGUAUUAUGACAUCAAGCAAGAUAGCCUUUCUAGCCCAAAGCCUGGAUAAAGAACAGAGUUUUCUAAAUAAAGGAACUACAAGCAUGAAACUAGAACCAAAGGAAAGUUGUAGGGAAAUGAGACUAGAAAAUUCCAAUAAUUUUGUGGAUGGACCAAAUCAAGCAAACUCCCUUGAACUUUUUAGUCCUAAUUGUCCUGAGACAACAAGCAACCUCACUACCUUAAACUGCAACAAAGGAAUCAAGGAAAAUAUAGGAUCACAAGAACUUUUCAAAACUCCUAAUGAACAGCCUACAGAUGAUUUUUGUAUUGAGUCAUUUAGCACAAGAAAAAUUUGUUCCCAACAAAAUACUUUACAUAAAGUUUCUACUAAAAGAAAUCGAACUUCUGAAGAUAAGUCAGGUCCUUCAAGUACUGUCUCAGAAUCCCUUCAGGGACCCAAGAGAGUUAAGUCAGUUUGUUCUUCAGAUACCCAUCAGAUUUCUUCCAAAGCUCUUCCUGAAAAAAAUGUAUCUAAGCUUGGCAAGCUCUUUAAAAAGACAUUUCUGCUUAAAAACUGUGUUUGCAAAAACCAGAAAUAUAAUUGUUUGGUUAUGGCCUUACAUCCGUGUCUUGUGAAGGAAAUACACAUAAAAACAGGACCAAAUUCUGGCUGUAAAGUUCCUUUGGCAACUAUUACAGUAACCGACCAAUCAGAAAUUAAGAAGAAGGUUGUGCUAUGGCGUGACACUGCCUUUGGUGUGCUAACAGUAUUUCCUGGAGACAUAAUUUUACUAACUGAUGUCACUAUACACGAUGACCAGUGGUAUAGGGAAACAGUCCUACAGUCUACGUUUACCAGUCAAUUAUUGAAUCUGGGGAGUUGCUCAUCUGUCCAGCCUAAAGAAUACUCCAGUAAAGUCAGUGUUACAGUUCUUCAAGAUUUAUUGAGAUAUAUCUCUUCAAAGUAUUCCUACAUUGUAAAUCUCCCUUUCAGACAUCCUCAGAAAUUGGAAAGUAUACAGUAUGUAGAAUUGGACCAGCUUCAGCCAAACACAUUAGUCCAUUCAAUACUAAAAGUUGUCAGUAUCACAGCACUAACAGAGGCAGUAUAUGGUUACAGAGGACAGAAGCAAAGAAAAAUUCUUUUAACAGUAGAACAGGUCCAAGACCGACAUUUUACCCUUGUAUUAUGGGGUCCUGGAGCAGCCUGGUACUCAGAGCUUCAAAGAAAGAAGGAUCAUCUUUGGGAAUUUAAGUAUCUCCUCACUCUGGAUAAUCCCACAUUAGAAAAUCUAGAAUUGCAUACAACCCCAUGGUCCUCCUAUGAGUGCCUCUUUGAGGAUGACCUGAAGGCAAUUGAAUUUAAAGCAAAUUUCCAAAAAAGGGAAAGUCACCUCGUGAAGAUCUCACAUUUAUCUGCCCUGAUGGAAGAGAAGCGCUCUGGAGUGGUUCAAGUAAAAGCCAAGAUCUUAGCAUUAGUGUUUCCUGUUGCUGCCCAUGAGAGCCAGCAGCUUGUCCUAGAUGCCAGCACUUCUCUGGAGGAUAUUCUGACCUGUCUGCCCACCAUUACGUAUUCAGGCUGUAAAACAUGUGGAGCGGAAUUACAAACUGAUGAGAACAAGAUCUACAAACAGUGUGUCACCUGCUUGCCAUUUGCUAUGGUGAAAUUGUAUUACAGGUCAGCUCUGAUGACUGUGUCUGACGGUAGGAAUGAGGUUUGCGUUCAUGUUGGAUCAGAGAUGAUACAGAAGAUUCUUCUCAAUAUUCCGCCUGACUGGUUAAGCAGAGUUGUAGUCCCAUCCUCAGGUAUCACAUAUGGGAUGGUUGCAGCAGACCUGUGCCACUCGUUGCUAGUAAGCAGAGAAAGAGCCUACACACUGAAAAUUCAAAGCCUUUUUAUUCUAGAUGAAAACAGCUACCCUUUGCAACAAGACUUCUUUCUGCUGGAUUUUCAUACUGACUUUGAAGGUGACUCUCCAUAGUCAUAUAAGUGAUCAGAAGACCAAACCACUGGUAAUUGGAGGAGAAAUAUAAUGAAAUGAUUUGUCUUUUGAAAUGAAGAAACAAGACUUUUAACCUUGGAUUUAUGUCCAAAAAAAAGUAACAAAAAGAAUUGUGUGCAUUUGCAAACUCCAGAAAUAUUAAUUUAAGCAUAUUCUUUUUAAAAAAUAAA